AUGCACUCGCGCUAUCCCACUCCUUACGGUGCGGAGAAUGGAGGAUUUCCCGACAACGACCCGACGCAGAUCCACGCUCCCACAACCUGGUCGGAGAUGGCGCAUCAAGAGUUGGUCGCCAAUCUCUCGCCUCGCGAGCGGACGAGGCAAGAGAUUCUCUGGGAGGUCGUGGCGAGCGAAGAAAGAUACGUCGCGGAGCUUCGGUCUCUCGUCGACCUGUAUGCGCAUCCACUCCUUCACCCGCUUCUCUCGAACUCGCCGUCUCCGCAUACCUCUCCCAGUCUCAGCUUGUCGCCUACUAUAUCCUCGCCCUCCCCGCAACUAUCCGCUUCCCCUUCGCCCGAUCUCCCCAUCGCCUCUCGCUUCUCCCGCUCGACCUUGCGACUGUCAUCGCCGACACCCGACGACGAUAACGACUUGUCGGAGAUCUCGCACGGUCCCAGCACGAGCGGUGCUCUCAGUCUUUCCCCCAUACCUUCCCUCCCGACCGGCGCACGGCAGAACGCCUCGCAAACCUCACUCAAUGUCCCAGGCGCCAGAAGCCUCGCCAACCGCGUCGCGUCCUUCGGCUCCCGUACUCGGCACCCUCUACGACCCGAGCCGUCAGCCACCAAGCUGCACAAGUCGGCGUCGAAGGCUCCGCCUGAGGUUUUGCAGCCUCCGCCGCUCCCGGAUGCGCUCAAGCAGGUCUUGGAGGCUACUGUCGAGAUGUUGAAGGGACACGAGGAGCUGAGCGCGCGACUGAAGGAGCAGUGGGCUCGGGCAUUCCCCCUUGUUCGAGGACUUGCCGCGAUCUGGAGUGAUCAGCCCUGGUUCCUUCAAACCUACGCCUCCUACAUCGUCGCGCUCGAAGAGGCGCUCGCCAUCCUCGACACCUGUCUCCCCUCGCCUCACUCCCCCUCUCUCUCUUCUUACGCCUCACGCUUCAAGUCGCCCAAAACCGCCGCCGAGAAGGAGACGAAGCGUCUUGCCCGGGCGCUUAUGCGGCUCGAGGAACAGGCUGCAGCGGCGGGCGAGAGCAGUUUGAGCAUCUGUUUGAGCAAGCCGUUGAUGCGGCUAUCAAAGCUGCCGCUGCUCAUGCAGGCGCUGCUGUACCAUACUGACCCGACGACGCACGAAUGGGAGAAGACACGAGCGAUGGCUCUUGAAGUCGAUGCGUUGGUGCGAUCAAUCGAGGACGAGAAGCUGGAGGAGGAAGAGCGGGAGAAGACUCGCGACGCUCUUGCACGAAUAGACGGCAUCCGAGAUAAGGCCUUGAUGGCACCUCGCAGCGCCCGCAUCCUCAUCCAGGAAGUCCCAGCGCCGGACGCACGGACGAGACGGCGACUAUCGGCGCCGACUGCGCGAAAAGGAAGGAACGAAUGGCUCAUCAGGUUCACUGAUGUGGUCAUUCGCGCCGAGAAGACGGGCGAGACUGACAUCCCUGGUAGCUUCUCACGCCAGAAGGAGAAGAAGGGCAAGCAGGGCAAGCCGCGCAAGAACGGCAAGCUUCGCAACACCUACCGCUUUGUCAGCGUCGAGCGCUGGGAGCCGCGCGAGAUGGCCGACCUCGCGCUGCACGACCUGAACGAGUUGCGUAGGCUGAAGAACGAAGGCAGCGCGCCUCCUUCGGAAGACGGCGAGAUGACAGACUCGAUCGCCGAGAGCCGCAUGAGCUUCCGGUACGACACGGACGAACCGCAACCCGUCCGCCGCGACUUCACUUCCCUGCGCUCGCCUCCCGCCGCACCCUCAGCCAAAUUCGGCCACCGCCUGCGUAUUGGCUCCGAAGGACCGCCCGGCGCGCGUUCACCGACACCGAACCAACACCAGCACCGCUAUGACUCGCCAACGGUCAGCAGCGCUCUCAAGGCUCAGCCUGUGCGUGCGAGUGUGCCAGCGCAGAAUGGAGUGAAGCACGAACCGCAGGCGGGCCGGUCGUUGGCGCACGCGAGGGACGACUCGACGUUCGCUUUGUAUAGCAUCUGGUCUUCAGCGCAGGAGUAA